GCUGAAUCGUUUGCUUGCAAGCGUGUUGGUGGAAAGUCGAACAUUGAAAUUGUAUGCAAAAAAAUCACGUAAUGAUUCUUAUGUUAGACCUGGUGUUAUGAGUUACGACAGUGAUGAUGAUAGAGUAUUUGUUGAAUUUCCAAAAUCGCUUGUUAACGCACUCAACAUUGGGUUAGAUAGCCUUAUGGACGAAACAAACUGGAUGGGAUAUAUAUCGCUAACGCCUCUCAAGAUUUUAAACUCAAAUGCUGCGGAUUGCCAUGAAGGAUUUCCAUUUUCUAAAGCAUAUUGUUGUACAGAAAAAUAUUCCACUCAGUAUUCGUUUGGAUCCGUUUUCCGGACAGGCAUAUCGAUGCUGAUCGAGUUCAUGCUUCAUCGGACAGUGCCAGACAACAAGCAGGAGAAAUUUGUUCUGAGCAAACUUUUGCAUUACUUGUUCGAUUACCUGGACACAGAUGCUGAAAUUAUGAAAAACAUGGAAAUGUAUACAGAGACAGAACUGACAGCAGUUAUUGCAAAUCAUCUGUUUGGCAAGUUGUCUACAUCUUCAUGUUUUACCAUUGACAAGCAGUGCAAAGGCAAAGGUAGAGGACAAGGUGGAAGAGGCAGUAAGAAAACAAGUCCUUUAUGCCCUUGUGAAAAGAAUGAUUGUGUACUGUCAGGAGAUUUUGGAGAUACAAGUAUAGGAAACUGGAUGGUUUGGCAUGGAAAUGUAGAUGUAAUAAUCAACAAUGAAGUUGUCAUAGGAUCCCAAGAUGUUGAAGAAAAGGACUGCAGUCCUGGUGGGAAAUCUCCAGUGGAAGGGAAACUUAAAAGUAACUCCUUGUCAAGAAAUCCUCAGGUUAUUGCCCAAAACAUUGUUUUUUCAUUCCUCCAAAAGCAUAGACAUCCUGAAAGUGAAAAUUUCCUUUUUCCAUGUAUUGGAGUUACAGGUAAAGAUAUGAUUGUAUACUUUUAUGAUUCAAUGCAUGAUGUGCUUCUUGAAAGCACAUUGAUUCCAUUACAUGGCAUGAUUCCAUCUGCUGUUAGCAAUAUCAACUUAGUAGCAAUUGUUGUAUCAUGGCUGGUUGUCAACUAUAAGUACCUAUGUGAUGGUGUCAUGGAAGAGAUGAAAACAAUGAAAGCAGAGUUUUUUUCACAAGCUGAAGCAAAGUUAGCUGUUUACAAAUUUGACCUAAAGGCCGGUGAUGUGGGAAAUUCUUGUCCUAUGGAUGAUUCUCAAGACAAAGUGAAAAAUUUUCAUCACCCAUUUCUGAUGGAUUUGAAGAAAAGAAAGAGAAUGGUUGUUCUGGAACCCAGCGAGAGAUAACAUUUUACUAUUGUAGAAAAAACAUGUGCAACAUAAGAACUUACAUGGCAUUACUGUACCUAAAGCCAUCCUUAUUGGAGACCAACUUUAUUGGUGUUAUUGUGUGAUAAAAGUUCCUCAUCUUCGCUAUACCAAGACAUGAGAAAUGUGUUUGAUUGUGACAUUUAUAGAGGAUCUUAUGAGUGUCUAUUUGACAUGAAAUUUAUGAAAUGAGUUCAACAAGCCUGUAGGCAAGGUGUUAUAUACAAUGAGUUAAAUUAGUUCCUAUUACAUUGGCUUAUUUUAGCUUACCUGACCCAAAGUGUUAUGUGAGCCUUUAUAUAAUGCAUGGCACAAUAUCCGUCAGUAAUCUGUCAAAGUUUCCCUCUAGAACUCUCUUGUCCUUAUAACAACUUUGGCCUAGAGUAUCAUUUGCCAGAUUAAUUUCUAAAUUUGUAUCAAAAGAUAUUUGGUCAAAAGGUUCCUUGGAUGAAGCCCAACAAAAUUUGCAAAAAAUCAAUUACCUUGAUCAUUGUUCAAGGUCGCGAGUCAAUUCUAUUAAAACCUUGAAAUGACUUCUUCUGAUUAACCAAAAGGCCUGGGAUCAUGAUAUUUGGUUAAGAUAUUCCAUGGAUGAAGCUUAAAAAGUUGACCUUGACCCAUAUUCAAGUUCACAGGUUGCAAUUUGUAAAAACUUUUCUUAUUAACCGAAAGGCCUAGGAUCAUGAUAUAUGACCAAAAUAUUCCUUGCAUGAAGCCCAACAGAGAGUGCAAAAAAAAUUUACCUUGACCUAUAUUCAAGGUCACAAGGGUCAAUGUUUCCCUUUGAAUCUUCUAAGCUUGAAAUAAGUUGAAUGUACCCACUUUUAUUUGCGACAGUGUUGAUGUUUAUGUAUAAGUGAAGAACAUUGAAAGCAGGUGAGUGAUGCAGGCCCAUUGCACCUCUUGUUAGAGGUGUCUCCUGAGAAAAUAAGAAGUAUGACAGAAGUAAGAAACAGCCUACAAAACGAUGAAAUAUAGCACAAAAUUCAUGUUUUAGAGACUGAAUGAUUCCAUCUGUCUUUAUAUAUCAUGCAAAAAAACGAAUUAUUUUAACAAUUAUCCCAUCGGAAGGUUUUAUCCAAUUUUUCUUUUAUAUAUAUAUAUAUAUAUACUAAUGGACUGAUAGGCUCUGUUAGCCUUGACUUUUGAUUCUGUUAUUAUCAGUCGGUUAAUUGGGCAUGAAAAAAAACAACUUUGAACAAAUCUUUUAUUCAUUGAAAUGAAUUCCUUUUUGAAUAGAUUUUAUUAGAAUUCUGAUAAACUUUCCAUAUACCAUUCAAACUUUAAAAAUGGGAGGGGGCUUAUUGCUGAAUGUAAGUCUGAUUCCAAAAGACUUCAUAGAAAGUGUGUUAUAUAUGUCUCUGAGUAUACAUAGUUGAAAAUUAUAAAGAAUGAGCAUCAUGGUUGCAAUGUUUUAAGGCAAAAGGUCAGAGUCUUAGCUAGUGGUUGAAUUAUGAUAGUCUUUAAAUUAAUUUACUUCUGAUAACAAUCAGAAUUAAUGUCUUUUAUUAAGCAUAUAAGUCAACAUGUUUUCUUACAACCUGUUGCAUUUGAAUUUGUUCUUUACUGUGCCCAAGCUAAUCAAUGUGUUGUGUAUGCCUAGUAAUUGUCCGGGUUGCACAAAUGCAAACCCUUGUUAUAGUAUGGCGAAUGUCUAGCGGUUAGGUGAGGAAAUAGGGUACCUGUUUUGUAGAAUCAACUUAUCCUACACUUUUUGAUGCAGAACUGUGAAACUUUGUAGGAUGUUUACGUAUAUAUUGGAGAUGUGCACUCUGCUGUGGAUUCAUUCGGAGAAUUUUUGUGGAUUUUACGGACAUGGAAACUUGGUCAUAUUCUCAGCACUUUGUCUGUUUAUCCGUCCGUCUGUUUAUUCGUCCAUUGUGUCCAUCGGUCCAUCCUGCCAUCCAAACAUUUUCCAAGGCACAUAUUAUGGAUUUUUUUCAGGGUUUCUUGAUAAAAAACCAGACCAUACUCACAAAAUGAAGAGCCCAUAACUGAUUCAUAAUUAAUACAUGAAAUAUUCAAUAUGCUUUCACUAUUCCGCAACCCGGCCAAUUGUGGCUUUGCCUCACUUUUUGCUCUCCUGGUCAGAAUGACCAAGGUGAGCUUAUGCCAUACCGUGGCGCCCGUCGUCCGUCUGUCUAUCAACUGUCGACUUCUUCUCUGGAACCGAUGAUCAGAAUUUCAUCAUAUUUGGCAUAUUAGGCAGAAACUAUCCCCAGGUCAGUGGGACUCAGAUUUUUACAAAUGAUUGGGCUGACCCCCCGGGGGGCCUAAGGGGCAGGGCUAAAAACGGUCAAAUUGGCUAUAUUUAUAUAAUCAACUUCUUCUCUGGAAGCGAUGAUUGGAAUUUCAUCAUAUUUGGCAGAAAGUAUCCCCAGGUCGCUGUGAUUCAGAUUUAUACAAAUGAUUGGGCUGACCCCCAAGAUGUAUAUACUGUUGGUCAUAAGAUCCAGGUGAGCGAUUAAGGGCCUCUGGUUUUGGUACUAAGCCUCACAAUACAGUGUUGAUGAAAUUUUUACUUCAUAUGUAUAAUUUUAACUUUACAUAUAUGUGCAUUUCUCGAGAGUUUAUAGAUCACAUGGUCCAAACAAACAAAGUUAUCUUUGCUGACUGUGCUAUCCAUCUGUUCAUUGUCUGUUGGUCAACAAUUUAUUGAAAUCCAAUUCUUCUUCUUUACCACUGAAUGGAGUUUGGCCAGCUUUGGCUAAAAGCAUGCUUUGAAGCUGGCCUUUCAAAAUUGUACAAAUGGAAAGGUUGACUUCUCUGGAACACAUACAUACCAUUUUCUGUCAUAUAGAACCAGGUGAGUGAUAUAGGGCCUCUCGUUCUAUUCUCGGAGGCAGAUUAUUUUUACAUACACUGAAAUUUUUUACCUUUUUGUGAAUACCUGUUAUUUAACUUUUGAUUAAUCAAAUUUACACUAGUAUAUUUUUAUUCAGUAUAUGGUACAAAAUAUUGUAUGCAUGAAUUUGUUUACUAUUCUAUUAACUUACUGCUUAAUCAAAUUAUGAAUCGUUUACAACUACAAGAAAUUAUACAACAUAAUUAUGUCAAAAUCUACCUUUAGAUUUCUUAAUCUAUAAUGAAAUGCAUGUUGUUAUUUUUAUGUUAACAGAAACCAUUUGCACAGAAUAAUAUAUUAAUGUUAUUUGGCAUUGAUGAAGCAGGCCAUAUAUAUGCAUAUUACAGCUCAUUGAUAAUCUUACAAGCCAUGUGCGAAUCGGAACAACAAUUUCUAUAAUGAAUAAAGAUGUCUCCAUA